UAAGGCAGUUUUCCAAGGGGAGGGGGAAGGAAGGUGGCCGAGCGCUUUAAUGCUUGCAAAUUCUCCCGAGAGACCUGGCAGGCCCCCUUGUCCCAUGCGCCUGCCUACCAGAAUGGUCUUGGGUGGCAGAGGCGACGACGGCAGGACCUCUGGGUUGGACAAGAGCGAGCUUGGCGCAGAAGAAGUGCAUCCCUGCCUUGUCCUCCUCGAUGCGGUGAAGCCCUCCAGGCCGUAGGAAGACCACGACUGAUGCCGCAGGAGGUGCGGGGAUGCGGCAGCCUCGGCCGAGCAGGGCUCCUGUCCGCCUUCCCCACACCGCCUCUCCCCACCGCCAUGAAGGACUACGCCGAGAUCAUCCUCUACCCUGAGGCCCAGGAUCAGAGCAAGGAAAAUGCCAGCGACCUGAUGCCACCCGCUUUGCCACAGUAUUUGCUGACGGAGUUCUCCAACCCGGCCUUUGAAGAAGACGGCGAAGCGCCAGCCCAGAGCCAAGCAGAGGGCGAAAACAGCGUGAAAGUCACCGCCAAUGGCUUCGCCCAACAAGUUCGGGAUGUGGCGAAUAGGAAAUUCAAACCCGACUGCAAGUUCUCCUGGCUCUGCGUUGCCAUCCUCACGCUGGUGCUCCUGCUUCUCCUGGCAUUGCUGGUCGGCAUCAUCAUCAUCUCCCAGUUGAAGUCCUCUCAAUCCGUCAAACCUUCUCCAGGGGCCUCUUAUGCCCACACCGUCCCUAGCACUACCUCAGCUCCCAUCUUAAGGACCACGUCGAUCCCAACGUCCACAACCACAGCCACAACCUCACCAUCCCGGGAAGAAUUGUAUGCAAGCACAAUGCCGGCACCCCUUUGCGGUGGGAACCUUCACGGCCCCGAAGGCUCCUUCAGCUCCCCCAACUACCCCUCUCCGUAUCCCCCCAACGUCCUCUGCAAGUGGAACAUCCAGGUGAGCGAAGGCAUGGUGGUCCAGCUCAAGGUGGACGUCCUGGACGUGGAAAGCUCUGCCUCGUGCCUCUACGACCGGCUGGAGGUCUACAAGGAACAUGAAGGCACCUCAUUAUGGGACGGAAGUAGCUGGUUCUGUGGCACCGUGGCACCGGCAACCAUCAACACCAACUCCAGCCGGCUGCAUGUCGUCUUUGUCUCGGACGAAAGCAUCGCUCCUUCGGGAUUCACCGCUCACUAUCAUGCCGUUCUGCCCAGCGAAAAGAACUGUUCCUGGGAUGAGUUUUCCUGUGACCAAGGACUGUGCCUCCUCCCAACCUCCGUUUGUGAUGGUUACAACAACUGCCACGACAGGACGGACGAAGGCAACUGCACCACGAAGCACAAAGAUUGUGGGGGGACCCUGACCAGCAUGGAGGGGCGAUUCUUCUCCCCAAAUUACCCCCAGCCUUAUCCACAUCUCCAGCUCUGCCUCUGGCACAUUUCGGUGCCCCUCGGCCACGUGAUCGACCUCCAUUUCCACAACUUCAGCCUUGAGUCGCAGGAGGAGUGCAAUUAUGACUUUGUGGAGGUCUACGACAGCGCAGGGAUGGGAGCAACCAGCAUCAUGGGAAGGUUCUGCAACUCCAACAUGCCACCCGUUCUGACCUCAUCCCAACACGUCAUGACCAUCCUUUUUGUGGCAGACGAAGGAAUCGCAGACAGCGGGUUCUUUGCCACUUACCGGGCCUACAAUGCGACAGAAAAAACAUGUGGACCCUUUGAGUUCGCCUGCAGAAAUGGCGAGUGUCAGGCGGAGAGGUUGGUUUGCGACGGAUGGCACGACUGUCCAGACGGAAGCGACGAACUCAACUGCACCACCAUCUCCUACCCGUCUUUUGAGCCCUCUUGUGAGCCGAUUGAGGUGGAGAUGUGUUUGGGCCUCAGCUACAACACCACCUCCUUCCCCAACAUCUGGCUGGCCAUCCCAGAUCAGCAAGGAGCCGAAGAGAUACUCCAAGACUAUAUGAUGCUAAAGGACCUGGCCUGCUACCCGCACCUCCGCUUGUUCAUCUGCAGCCUCUUCGUCCCAAAAUGCACACCUGACGGAGGCAUCCUCCAGCCCUGCCGCUCCAUCUGUUUGGGCACCGAACAGCGGUGCCAGCAGUCCCUCAGCUUCCUGGGGGUCCCCUGGCCCCUCAACUGCAACGUCCUGCCCGAUUCCAGCGACCCCUCCGAGUGUUUCAUGCCCUGAGAAACGGGCCCCGUGUGACCAAAGGAGGGAGCAAAGCCUUGGAGUCAAGGGGGUUGAAUCGGAUGGCCCUUGUGGCCUCUUCCAGAUCUAUGAUUCUUACCUUGUCCUAAGUCAAAAUGCCGAUUGAGAAGGCCUACUGGCACGGCAUCCCAUAAGUUGCUAGGACAAGGGUGGGGAACGUCACAAUCUUGGGCCAAAUCCAAACAUCGUACCAUCUCAGGAUGUUUCUCUGAAGUUCUCCAGAUGGUUUUUCCCUCUUCUCCGUAGUACUACUAUGAAUGCUGUAGAAACGGAUCUCAUUACUUUAAGCCAGAUCUGACCAUUCUGAAGCCUCAAUCUGUCUCUCUGAAGUUCUCCAGAUGGUUUCUCCUUCUUCUCCAUGAUAUGACCAUGAAUGUCGUAGAAAUGGAUCUCAUUACUUUAAGCCAGAUCGGACCAUCCUGAAGCCUCAAUCUCUCCCUGAAAUUCUCCAGAUGGUUUCUCCUUCUUCUCCAUGAUACGACCAUGAAUGCCAUAGAAACAAAUCUCAUUACUUUCAGCCAGAUCGGACCAUCCUGAAGCCUCAAUCUCUCCCUGAAAUUCUCCAGAUGGUUUCUCCUUCUUCUCCAUGAUACGACCAUGAAUGCCAUAGAAACAAAUCUCAUUACUUUCAGCCAGAUCGGACCAUCCUGAAGCCUCCAUCUGUCUCUCUGAAGUUCUCCAGAUGGUUUUCCCUCUUCUCUGUGAUACCACCAUGAAUCUGACCAUCCCGAAGCCUCCAUCUGUCUCUCCGAAGUUCUUCAGAUGGUUUUUCCUCUUCUCCAUGAUGCCACCAUGAAUCUGACCAUCCCGAAGCCUCCAUCUGUCUCUCUGAAGUUCUCCAGAGGGUUUUUCCCUUUUCUCCAUGAUACCACCAUGAAUCUGACCAUCUUGAAGCCUCCAUCUGUCUCUCUGAAGUUCUCCAGAUGGUUUUUCCCUCUUCUCCAUGAUACCACCAUGAAUCUGACCAUCCUGAAAUCUCCAUCUGUCUCUCUGAAGUUCUCUCUGAUAGUUUUUCUCUCUUCUCCAUGAUACCACCUGAAUCUGACCAUCCUGAAGCCUCCAUCUGUCUUUCUGAAGCUCUCCAGAUGGUUUCUCCCUCUUCUCCAUGAUACCACCAUGAAUGCCAUAGAAACAAAUCUCAUUAUUUAAGCCAGAUCGGACCAUCCUGAAGCCUCCAUCUGUCCCUCUGAAGUUCUCCAGAUGGUUUUUCCCUCUUCUCCAUGAUGCCACCAUGAAUCUGACCAUCCCGAGGCCUCCACCUGUCUCUCUGAAGUUCUCCAGAUGGUUUUUCCCCCUUCUCCAUGAUGCCACCAUGAAUCUGACCAUCCCGAGGCCUCCACCUGUCUCUCUGAAGUUCUCCAGAUGGUUUUUCCCUCUUCUCCAUGAUGCCACCAUGAAUCUGACCAUCCCGAGGCCUCCAUCUGUCUCUCUGAAGUUCUCCAGAUGGUUUUUCCCUCUUCUCUAUGAUGCCACCAUGAAUCUGACCAUCCCGAGGCCUCCAUCUGUCUCUCUGAAGUUCUCCAGAUGGUUUUUCCCUCUUCUCUAUGAUGCCACCAUGAAUCUGACCAUCCCGAGGCCUCCACCUGUCUCUCUGAAGUUCUCCAGAUGGUUUUUCCCUCUUCUCCAUGAUGCCACCAUGAAUCUGACCAUCCCGAGGCCUCCAUCUGUCUCUCUGAAGUUCUCCAGAUGGUUUUUCCCUCUUCUCCAUAACACUGUAAUGAAUGCCAUAGAGUCUUGAAAGGAACCUCACUACCUUAAGCCAAAUCCAGCCAUCCUGCAGUCUCAUUCCCACCACCUUCUUCACAAUACUAACAUGAAUGACAACGAACCUCAUAGCAUCUACACCGGGCAUGGGCAAACUUCAGCUCUCCAGGUGUUUUGGACUGCAACUCCCACAAUUCCUAACAGCCGGUACAGUCCAAAACACCUGGAGGGCCGAAGUUUGCCCAUGCCUGGUCUACACAGUGGAACUGAUGCAAUUUGGCACCCCUUGAACUGCUAUAAUUCAAUAUACCAUAACAGAAUCCUGGGCAUUGUCGUUUUACAAGCCUUCUCUAUCAUAGAGCGCCAAACACAACUCCCAGGAGUCCAUUGCAUUGAGCCACAGCUGUUAAAAGUGACAUCAAUCUGCAUUAAUUCCACAGUGUAGAUGCACCCUAAGUCGACUCUCAUUCACGUUAGCGAUUUGAAUUUAGACCUAUGCACUUUAAUGUCGCCUUCCGCCAUAAUUCAAACCGAUCCAUGUUGACGUCUCUCUAAUUGAUUUUAAGCCGUGACCACCCCGAAUGAACCAAUGAGUAGAUUGUUAAUGGGUUUUGAAUGUAAAUACUUACAGUUGUUUCUUAGCGGUCGCCUUCCUCCGGCCUCUCGUGGGAGCACGCGUCACCCGAAAACGAAACAUGUACGUUUCCAUCAAAAUGAUGUUGUCCAUGUGCAAAAUGUAUGCAGAUUUAAUCAAUUAAAAGUGAUGCAGUUAAUGA